UGCUUGUCAGGGAGAAUGACAGCUGAGUGGGCUGAGGCUCUGGCGAGCAGUGCAGUCCGGAGAGCCGUCAACAAUCAAACACGCGUUUUUAAAGGGACAUUUAGUCUCCUAACACCACACAACCCCCCCGGACUUCAUUAAGGGAAACUAAAAAUCCUAAACAUUGAGGAUAUUUUUGUCUCCUUCUUUUUUUUAAGAGAAAAACCAUCCGGAUGUGCCAGCAGUAUUGUUUUUUCUUUCUUUCUUUCCAUUUUUUCGCAUGGCGUAGGCACUAUACACACAGCAGGGCAUUGUUGGGGAUUUGAGAUCGGAAGGAGGCCCUCGGGUCAAUAGUUUAUACAUUUCAACUCUACUUUCGAAAUUACCUUCUUUUUUUUAAGGAGUGUGCGUUUGUGGGGAAAAUCAACGAAAUGAUUGUGCAAUAAAGAGGAAGAGGCAGCCCGUCUCGUCUACCUCGGUGUGGCUGGAAGGAAAAAGUCUACAGGAAUAAAACCCAGUUUCUCGUCUUUUUUUGUUCUUUAAAGCCGACGUGGACACACAUUUUGGGGUUUUUGUGACAGAAAGAGAACACGUAGGGACCGCGUUGUCUUCGACAGAGUGCGUGUAUGUGCCUGUGAACCCUUCUGAGGACCAGCAGAAACCUUCACGAUGACUGCCAGCAUCUCAGCGGACAUGAUAAACUUGCGGCUUAUUUUAGUCAGCGGAAAGACAAAAGAGUUCCUCUUCUCUCCUAACGACUCGGCAGCGGACAUCGCCAAACAUGUUUAUGACAACUGGCCAAUGGACUGGGAGAUGGAGCAGGUCAGCAGUCCCAACAUCCUGAGGCUGAUCUACCAGGGACGUUUUCUACACGGCAAUGUAACACUAGGAGCUCUCAAGCUGCCCCUCGGGAAGACCACAGUGAUGCAUUUAGUUGCCAGAGAGACUUUGCCUGAGCCAAAUUCCCAAGGUCAAAGGAAUAGAGAGAAGACGGGGGAGAGUAACUGCUGUGUCAUUCUGUAAUCUGCACACCUGCACUGCCGGCCCGCCCUCCGCCCCUCUCAUUCGUUCACGCCGUUAAUGUCCAGGAGCCGAUCAGCUUGUCCCUUCUCCCCGAGCCUGUAGACCAUGCAGAUACGAGCACGGAUGUCCUCCCCCCCUCCAUCCCGACAGCACUCGCACAUACGUAGAGAGACGGCCGAUCCAAGAGCUCGGGAGCAGGAAAUUGAUUAACAAUAGAGCAGAUUCUUUAGUUGUUCUUAAUUUGUUGUUGUAACUCAUAAUUAGAGGAAGGAACUGGACUCUCACGUGUGUUUUGUUUUUGUUCUAUCUUCAGCCUUCUGCCAAUUGCGAGCUCACACACACACAUUUCCACACACUCGACCAGCCAUUCUCAGCUGGUCUGUGAAGACCCGCUCAUCAUUCUAGCUGGUUGCCAUGUUUUUCUCUGCAGUGCUCAAGUUUAUGAGUGUGGCCUUGGUAUCUUAAACAGACCGCUGACGAUUUUAGCCACUAACACACACACACCAGACAAGUUUAGGUAAACUCCCUCAGUUAUGCAGCAGAUGUGCCUGAUUUGAGCACUCGGCUAAAUCCGCCACCUCCUUUUGUCUAACGAGAAGACAAACGACCAGUGUUGGAGGUCUGUUUUUUUUCCUUUUUUGGGGGGGAUAUUUGUUUGCGACUGUGUUUUUACAGUCCAUGCAGUGUUGUGAUUUAACAAAGCAUGAACACGCGUAACACGACCUUCCAGUCUUCUUGUGCUCCACUUUUAAGCAGUGUUGUGAAGGAUCUCUCUCUUUCAAUGGAAAUCAACUCAUUUCCUGUUAUUAUUUUAAUUUUUUUUGUCUUAAAUUUUUUUGAAUUCUGCAUUAAAGAAUCCAUUUUGCACAAAUGAAGCAAAAGCUCCUUCAGAUUGAUACAAAUGUAAAAAGAGUUUGUUUUAUUUUAUAUGUUUCCCAUGGAAGUAAUGUUCCAAACUAAGGUAACAUGUGUAGAAUAUAUUUAAUAUGAAUCUUAUCUAGAACAUGAUGACUUUAGAUCUUGGUGAUAUACAUUAUAUUGGUGUUUAGUCUCUGAUUGUGUCUAUGGUUAGCUUCUAGCCAGUUCACAGUCACUUGCUGACAAUGUCUUGUGCUUAACAGCAGCAGAUCCUCCCUAACUAUUAUUGGAAUGAUGAAUUUGUAUUUUUAUUUCUGCUGAGCUCUUUGCUAUUCAUUUUUCAUUUGUUUAUAAUUUAAUAUAAUCUUUUUUUUGCUUUAAAUAAUUGCUUUGUAACAGCACUAGGUCUUAAAAAAUACUGUAAUAAUCAGGGUUCAAAUCUGUACAGAGAAAAACAUUUUCAAAAUGACUGUAAAUAGCACUAAUGCCCCCCACCCCCCACUUCCCACUCUGGUCUUCAGAAUUGAAACACAUCUGUAAACUAAAUAAAGGUUAUUGAAGUGCA